AUGAUACUUGCCUAUCUAGCUCUAGGCUUUAUUGCCCUCUUCCUCAUUCUCUUUAUUUAUUAUCGCCAAUUUGUUUGUGAGAGAGUCAAGCUCUACUAUAAUGCUUCUGCUGAGAAUACCAUCAUCCAUGAGUUGGUAGAUCGUACAUUUAGUACAUCGGAACGUGCUACCUUUUCUCCAACUCCCUAUCUCAUCAAUACUCAUCUUCAAACAAUUUUCAAUGUAACUCUACGACCCGAUAUUAAUUGGUACUCGUAUGAUUCCGAAGAAUUUACUUUCAAAUGUGGAGGACAUAUUAUAUUGGAUUGGGUUCAUGAUAAUCGUUUAGAAAUUGAAGAAUCUGAAGAGAAUGAAAUUACUGAAGAGUCGCCCAUCAUGGUGGUCUUUGCUGGAGUGUGCGGAGGAAGUAAAGAAAUUGAAAUUAAACAUUUUGUGUCGUAUGUAGUGCGGGAUGGUGGAAUGAGAGCUGUGGUCGUGAAUUAUCGAGGUGCUCAAACACAACUCAAAACACCAGUGUUUGGAUUGACAAGUGAAGAUAUGGAUGUCGUCCUUCUCCAUAUUAAGAACAAAUUCCCAAAGGCUAUUGCAAUGAUUGCUUGUGGAUUUAGUCUUGGCUCAAAUAUCAUGACCAAAUAUUUGGGAGAGGUUGGAAAAGAUUCACCCAUUGAUUUUGCCAUUUCCGUAUCCAAUCCUUUCAAUUUAGAAACAUCGUCAAGAAGAUUACAAGAUGAAUUUGUGAAUCGAUUAAUUUAUGAUAAGGUCUUUACAAAGAAGAGAAAGGAAUUGGUGUUGGCUCAUGAACAUGUUUUUGAAAGUACAUCGGUGAAAAUGGAUCAAGUGAAAAGAGUGAGUUCAACUUUAGAAUUUGACGAUGUUGUGAGUCGAGAAAUAUUGGGCAUUGAUAAUUUGUCCAAUCUCUAUCAACGAUUCAGUUGUAAGCACGACAUAUCAGGUAUUCAAAUUCCAAUUCUCUUUCUGAAUGCUUUGGACGAUCCAAUUUCCUCAAAAUAUGCAAUUCCGUAUGACGACCUCAAAGAGAAUUCAAAUAUUAUUUUGGCAACCACUGAACGAGGAGGUCAUGUUGCUUGGCUAGAUGGGUGGACACCUUACAAAGCGGUACCGUCAUGGAUGGAGAGAACUUGUGUACAUUUCGCAAGAGCUUGUGUUACCAUUAAGCAACAACAGAAGUCGGGAGAUGUUGCACAGCAAUGUGAAUCCAAAUAG